AUGUCAUUUGAAACAACUCUUCAUAAGGAAUUAGCCAAAUACAAGCUUAUCCUUGGCUCAACCUCACCACGUCGUCAGGAAAUCUUACAAAAAAAUUUUGGUCUUUUUAACUUUGACAUACUUGCGUCAAACUUUGCCGAAAACCUUUCUAAAGAUGAUAAGACACCAUUGGAAUACGUUUCCCUUACCAGUAAACACAAAGCAGAGGCACUCUUACUACGAAGUGAAAUUCGUGAUAAAUUCGAAACUCAACCUACAAUCUUACUUACUUGCGAUACAGUAGUAGCGUGUAACGGUGAAAUAUUUGAGAAGCCAGAGACAAAGAAGGAACAACGUCGUUUUUUCAACACUUUUGCUCAAAAUGGCAAUGUCGAAGUGAUUUCAGCUGUAACUGUGAUACGAUGUCAAGGUAGUCUGAUCGAUGAGUUUGUAGGUUAUAGCAUUACCAAAUUGAUUUUCAAGCCAGAUAAUGAAGAAAUAAUCAAUUCCUACAUCGAAAGCGAGGAGGGUUUACAAGUAGCUGGCGGAUUCAAGUAUCAAGAGAAAGGGUGCUUGUUGUUUAAAGGAAUGGAUGGUGACUAUUUAAAUGUAGUCGGGUUACCAACUUGUACAUUUGAUCUUCUAAGUAAAGCCAUACAAUAA